GGAGACGUAGUCUUUCCCGGGCUGCCUUCUGCCCCUGGACACCGCGGCGUCCCUUCUGCGCCUUCGCCCCGGGGGCUCGCCAAAGCUUGGCCAUGAUGGGCACAACGGCGGCCGACCGGAACAAGGAGCCCAUCCUGGGGGUCCUGCGGCAGUACGUGAGCCCCGCGCCGCGGCAGCUGGAGGCGCUAGAGGUGGCCUCGGGCUCCGGGCAGCACGCCGCCCACUUCGCCCGCGCCCUGCCCAACGCGCGGUGGCAGCCCUCCGAGCUGGACCCGGCCUGCCUGCAGAGCAUUUCUGCCUUAACCAGUGCACUCUGCCUCCCGAAUGUCAAACCGCCGAUUUACCUAGACUCAUCCAAGAGCUGGGAGACGUGGGGGCUGAAGCCCACCUCCCUGGAUCUCAUCGUCAACAUCAACAUGAUUCACAUUUCAGACGUGAGCUGUACCGAGGGCUUGUUCAGAGGAGCUGGGAAGCUUCUGAAGCCCGGUGCCGUGAUGAUCACAUACGGGCCUUACUCCGUGAAUGGAUGCAUCACCCCCCAGAGCAACGUGGACUUCAAUGCCACUUUGAGGCUCAGAAAUCCAGCGUGGGGCCUCCGGGACACGGCUUUCCUGCAGCAACUUGCUGAGGUCAAUGGAAUGUGUUUGGAGAGAAUGGUGGAGAUGCCGGCAAAUAACAAGUGCCUUAUCUUCCGUAAGCAGUGAGUUGGCUUAAGUUUAGCAUCUGAUGCCAAUACUCGUUUCCAAAAGUUACUUUCCUGAUAAGAUGUGUUGAUGCUGCAGUGAAGAGUGACUAUGCAAUGAAACGUGUGCUCUGGGCUUAGAAGACGCUCCUGUGGCCAAUUUGAUACCCCUGCAGCAACAUCCUACCUGAGGUGGCAUGAAUGACUGGGCUCAGCUGUACCCUUAUAGUAGUAAAUUGUUGCUCCAUCCUUUGCUGUGUUCUCAGUUGCAUUGUACAAACUUACUAGCUGUUCACUAUUUUGGGGAAAUGGCUUGUCGGGGUGUGGGUGUACAACUGCAAUUAAAGACUUCGGGUGUAUUCACCAAAUCUCAACCA